AUGGCUCCCAGCGAUGAGCUCGAGGCUUUACGGCAAGCCGUCGUGGCGAAACAAGAGGAGGUUACCACGCAAGGCGACACCGUGCGAGCCCUUAAAGCCGCGAAGGCCGACCGCGCCGAGAUCGACGCGGCGAUCGAGAAGCUCAAGCACUUAAAGCUAGACCUGGAGUCGGCGACUAAGGCAUUCACGGCGAAAUCAGAGGCGGAGGGAGGCGGGAAGGGCAAGGAUGCGAGCAUCAAUCGGGAGGCGUUUCGGCAGGCCGUGAACAACGCGUUGGAGCGGCGGCUGUUCAUCAUUCCGAGCUUCAAGAUCUAUGGCGGCGUGGCUGGGCUAUUCGACUAUGGUCCGCCUGGCUGCGCCGUCAAGUCGAAUGUGCUCGCAUUCUGGCGCCAGCACUUCGUGCUAGAAGAGAACAUGCUGGAGGUCGACUGCCCGUGCGUCACGCCCGACGCAGUCCUGCGCGCGUCAGGCCACGUGGAUAAAUUCACGGACCUCAUGGUGAAGGACGUGAAGACCCAGGCGUGCUACCGCGCGGACCAUCUGCUCAAAGACCACCUGGGGGAGCUGCUAGAGAAGGAGGUGACGAUAGCUCCUGAGCGGCGCGAGGAGAUCAAGCACGUGCUGGCCGUGCUGGACGAGUACGGUGCAGAGGAGUUGGACGGCAAGUUGAAGGAGUUCGGGGUGAAGGCGCCGGAUACCAAGAAUGACCUGUCUGCGCCGUACCCCUUCAACCUCAUGUUCUCCACUGCUAUUGGCCCCACGGGGCUGCUGCACGGCUACCUGCGCCCCGAGACAGCGCAGGGCAUAUUCGUCAACUUCAAGGACCUGCUGUACUACAACGGCGGCAAGCUGCCCUUCGCUGCUGCUCAGAUCGGCCAGGCCUUCCGCAACGAGAUCGCUCCUCGAGCAGGGCUGCUGCGAGUGCGUGAGUUCACGCUAGCGGAGAUCGAGCACUUUGUGAGCCCCACCGACAAGUCCCACCCGCGCUUCCCCUCUGUGGCCGACCUCUCCUUCCUGCUCUACCCGCGCGCCGAGCAGCUGGGACCCAAACAGCCCGUCACCAUGCGGCUGGGCGAUGCCGUGGAGAAGGGCAUAAUCAACAACGAGACUCUCGGCUACUUCAUCGGGCGCACGUUCCUCUUCCUCUCCCGCCUGGGCAUCGACCCGCAGCGCCUGCGCUUCCGCCAGCACCUGCAGCACGAGAUGGCGCACUAUGCUACUGACUGCUGGGAUGCUGAGAUCGAGUGCUCCUACGGCUGGGUGGAGUGUGUCGGCCUGGCUGAUAGGUCUGCGUUCGAUCUCAAGGCUCACACGGAGAAGAGCAAGGUGGAGCUGGUGGCGUAUGAGAAGUUCCCCGAGCCUCGCGAGGUGGAGGUGAUGAGCAUAGUGCCCAGCAAGAAGGACAUCGGCAAGGCCUUCAAGCGCGAUGCCAAGCUCAUCGCCGAGUCCCUUGAGGCAAUGACCGAGGCAGAGGCGCUGGCGAUGAAGGCAGCGCUGGAGGCGGAAGGCAAGGUGGAGUACACGCCGUGUGGGGGCACCCAGGCGUUCAGCCUCACCAAGGAGAUGGUUGCUAUCAGCAAGGAGAAGAAGAAGCUGCAGGGCCAAUCCUUCACCCCAUCCGUGAUCGAGCCAUCAUUCGGCAUCGGCCGAAUCAUCUACUGCAUCUACGAGCACAGCUUCUACUCCCGCCCCUCCGCGGACGAGGCGCGCACCGUGUUCCGCUUCACGCCGCUGGUGGCGCCCAUCAAGUGCACCGUCUUCCCACUCGUGCAGCGCGGGGACCUUGAGAAGGUGGCGCAGGAGGCGAGUGCAGGGCUGACCAAGGCGGGCGUGGCGAAUAAGAUUGACACCACGGGGACGACGAUUGGGAAGAGAUACGCGAGGACGGAUGAGCUGGGGUGCCCGUUUGCGAUCACCGUAGAUGGGCAGACCCUGGAGGAUGGCACCGUGACUCUACGGGAGCGCGACAGUACAGCGCAGGUGCGCAUUCACAAGGAUGAGGUGGCAUCGGUGGUGCGCCAGCUGGCAGAUGGGCUGCUGGGCUCUCGCCUCAAGGACUCCACCCGAUUGGUCGACAUUCCCGGCCUCCUCCAGCCUGGAUCUGCCACGUCAGCAUCUGCCAGCGCUGCUACACCAAGGGCCCCAUCUGUCCGUGCUGGCAGCUCCAUCCCCAUGAAUGGCAGUUCCCAUGGUGCGGCGCAUGCUCCUGCCUCUGACUCUAAGCCCUGUGGCUCUGAAUCUGCACCCGCAGACGCUUUCCUGGUUCUGAUGAGCUUCCAGCGCAAGGAGAAGCGACAGAUGGGUCCUGUGCUGUCCUCGCAGUCUGGGGGAACGCCACGUCGUGCUGCUGCUGCCAUGACAUUGGAUGGUGCACAUGGCACCGGCACAGCCAUUGGGUCUCCUCGCAUUCCAGAUCCGAUCCCAUUUUCGCCAUCUGCUCAUCCCCCAUCUCAUUGCGUUGUACCAUCUAGUCAGCGCUUCCCUCCAAAAGAAAGAGCUCAGAUUAGCGCUGCUGCUAUAAGAAGAGGAUGUGCAGUAGAUGUGGUGGAGCAGCGGAUCAGUAGCAACCCUCCUGAACUCGCUGCACCGAGGACGGACGGAGGCGCAAAGCAGAAUGAGUCCGCUGAGGUUGACAAUGGCUCUCAGGCGUUAGAAGAUUUUGUUUCCCCGGGAAGGAGAGGGGGGAAAGCAGCUGUAGCGGGAGGGGGGAAGGGGAGAGGAGAUGGAGGUGCGCUGGUUGUGGUGGUGGGCAUGUGGGACCCGUCUCGACCGCCAGAGCAGCAGAUCAAGCGUGGAGGCAUGCUGCUGCAAGUCCCCACCGUCCCCCAUUUCCCUCCAGGCACACAGCAGCGCACGCCGCGUCGCAGUGCUGUCAAGCUGGCAGACAAGAGGAGAGCUGCUUUUCACUCGGCACUCACUGCAGCCCUCCACCGCACCCACCAAGACUUCCUCGAUCACGUCCUCCCUCCUGCGCCGCAGUCACAGCCCGCCGCAGCACACAUUCACCCAUCACCUCAGUCCCGCCGUUCAGCCUUCCCUGUUGCUGCGGCAUCUGGCAUGGGCUGUGCCAGCAGAGGCCUGCAAGGAGAGGAGAGUCAACAUGGGGCGGCUGGUGCAGCGGAAGGGGGGAGCGAGGCAGAGCAGGGUGAGCAGGAGUGCAGUGCGGUGCCGGGAGAGGAGAGGAUGGUGGAAGAGGGGCGUUUUGAAGCAGGGGGAGUUGACGUGGAAGAGAGUGGCAGAGUGAGAGGAGGGAAAGAGAAGAAGCAGGGAUGUACUGGUGUGAAGCAGAGUGCGGGCAGCAUGGCUUGGCAUGCGGAUUUCCCUUUUGAAGACAUCUCCGUCUCCAUGCUGCUUGCUGAAGCGGCCUCAUUCCAUUCCUCUCAGCAUAUUGAUGCUCAUGUGCAUGCAAGGCAUGGGGGAGUUAAGAAGGGAGGGAAAGCGAAACAGCAGAGAGAGGCAAGGGCGGGGAGGCAGAGCAAGCAGCGGAGGAAAGGAGGGGCAGCUGGGGAUGAGUCUGUUAAGACUGGAGAGGUGGAGGAAGGCGCAAUGGAGAGUGGGGAAGGGGCAGAGGAGGGUGGGAAGAAGGGAGGCUGUGAUGGUGGUGCUGGUUGUGGUGGCGAUGAGUGGUGGGAAGAGGCAGGCGUUGGGUCGCAGCGAUACACACCUCCUUGUCCGCCCAGGCAACUCAAGAAGGUGCCUCCUUGCAAUAACUCGCCGUCCGUCUCCCCUUUCCCCUCACACUCCUGCUUCUCCCUUCCCUCCCCUGUAACUCCGUUGUCUGCCCACAUCCCCCCCGCAUCUCCCUCCCUCUGCUGCGCCGGGCAUCAGAGCACGGAGCCCAUGGGUGCACCGCAGCUGCUGGAGCAUCUCAAGCAGGGAUUGGGAUCACUAGGGCAGGUGGUGCACUGCGAGGAGCUGCCACAGAGGAAACCGCGCUAUGGAAAGCUGGCCAGCCAGUUAUGCCCUGCCACGUGGCACGCCUUGGCUCGUGCGGGUGUCUCCCAGCUCUAUUCCCAUCAG